ACAACUGCAAUGGUAAUGAUUUGCCCAGGAGUCGUGAAGCAAUAUCUUCAGCUACGCAAACAAUGAACUUGAAAGUCUUUGUCAAGGAAGAGGGAACUACAUCUCCAGAUCAGAGCUUCUCUGGAGGUGCUACUGAAGAGAGAGUACAAAUUCACCCGCGCCCCAUAAUGUCUCACUUUCUUGCUCAUCAGAAAGUGUAGAUGAAAGUAGCAAAAUGAUAAAAAUCCAGCAAAACUUGAAAUCUAUGACCGAACAGAAGGACAGCUUGAAGGCAACAAAUGAAUUGUUAGAAAAGAAACUGAAAACGUCACAAAAGCUUCUUGAAAUAUCUGGUAAUCACGCUAAAAAAGGAGCUCUGCCACCAGUGGACCCCCCGUAUGAGUCCAUCAUGGGGGAUGAGACCGAGCGCGUGAAAGAUUUCAACAACUUGAGCAAUUUCCAAAAGACAGUUUAAUACAUGCUUGCACCGAAGGAAGUGGAAUUGUUAAAGCAACAGAGCCAGGCAUUGGUGAAUCCCAAGCAGGAAUGCUGCAUAGAAAAAGAGGAAGACAAACAAGCCCAGCAGCUCGAGGACAUGUCGCGGCAGCUAGAUACCUGCAAAUCAGAGCGGGAUCAAUUAAAGGAUAAAGUUGACCAACUGCAAAAAGAAAAUGAUGCAUUUCAGUUGCACUGUGCAAAUCUUUCGAAUGAAGUUGAAUGUUUAAAACAGGAAGUCACUGAAGCAAGGCCGAGCAAGUCUUCAGCAAAUACUGGUGCGGAACUCAAGUCUCUACGUAUUGGUGUUGCACAGCUUCUGCAAAAUAUUAUACCUGAACUGGACUUGAAACAAAUAAAUUACGAAUCAAAUGAUGUUGAUGAGAUUUUGGACCAGGUUAUCUCUGCAUCAUGAAGAUCACCUCCUGUUUUGCAAUCAAGAUGCAAUGUGAAGAAAUUAGAUGGAUUAUAUAACAAAGCCAAUAGCCUUGAUAAACCAGAGCUUAAAGUGAAGCAGACAAUGCACUUCUGUCAUGAAAAUUAUUUCUCUUCUGAUCUAAAAUGUUAAUUUCUCGUCUGGUAUACAGUUAAUGCCCCAGGAAGUCUAUUGGAGCAGUUUGAAGCAAAUGGAAAUUAUUAAUUUGCAGUAAACAGUUCAAACUAGUAUUAAAAUAUUCUUGGAGGAAAAUAAAUUGCAGGUGCUGGAUAUCUGAAAGCAGAAAAACAGUUAAUAUUUCAGGUUAAUGAUAAGUCGUUGGUCUGAAACAGUAACUAUGCUGCCAGACUCGUUGAGUAUUCCCAGUAUUUCCUGUUUUUGUUGGGUUUUUUUAACUGCGCGUGUAGUUCAAGAGUUUCAGUACAUGUCAUGCUUGCAAUGCCGAUUUGAUUAGCUGCAUUGUAGCUUGUUUUUUUUCUCAAGAUCUCGCAGAACUUUUACUGUAAAUGGACAUGGCAUAAUAUUUAGUAAAGCUUGCAGCACAAAAGCAGAUUAAGCCAUUGGAAUAAUAAUUGUAAUCAACUGGUUCUUCCAUUGGUAAUGAAUUUGCACUGCACAAUCACUGUCGGGUGUCAGUCAUCGAAGUUAUUUUUGUAUUGGAGAAAAUGCAGUUGAUGCACCGUGCAGAAUGCCACAGUUAAUUCCUUUCUGCAAUUGAAACUUGUAAAACAGUGAAGAACAAACUUGUACAUAUUUGUACAUUUUGAAAAAUAAAUAUUCAAAUUUAGUUGAUACAAACAAUGUGCGGAUAUAAAGUGAGGUAAUGUAACUUUACCCGGUUGUUUUUCUUCAAUUUCUUCAUUUUUUUACAUUUACUACAAUAUUUUUAUUGUUCUGUGGGUUUGUAAACAAUGCAUGUACAAUUGAUUGUGGCACUGUUUACCAUUUAUGAACAUUGUUAAACAAAGUUUACUUCAAAUACAAUAUCGUGUUGUUCAGGGAAGAUAUAUAUAUGUAUAGUCAAUAUUCAGAAUGGUAAUGUAUAUCCUUUGUUUUUAUUAUUUCUUUUGUCUAAUGUCUUUGUACUUGCUGGGAGUUCUAAUGUACUAAUUUAGACUCUUAGAUUUCUGCAACGGGCCAGGUUAUGAACUCCAGUCUUAACUAUUUCCUUUUGCGGGCAGGGUUAUGGCCUGAGCGCAGGUAUAUGGGACUAGGGGAGAUUAUGUGUUCGGCACGGACUAGAAGGGUCGAGAUGGCCCGUUUCCGUGCUGUAAUUGUUAUAUGGUUAUAUGGUUACUAGGCGUGGGGGGGUGGGGCGCAAGUAGAUCCCAACAUCAGCAAUUAGUUAUGGAAUGAUUUUACUGAAUUGUGUGCAAAACAAAGAAUUCUACUGUAUCCAGGUACAUGUAACAAUAAAGUACUAUUCCUAUAUUUCCAAAGCUCAGUGUUUAGAUUGAAUCUAAUUAAAUACAUUUUAAUUGAAUAAAUCAGAUUUCUCAAUGUGCGAUUUAAACCUACAUUCUUUUGCGUGCUAUGGUUUAAUUUUGUGAUAUUCAGAUUUACCUUUUCUUUCCCAUUACUUGCUCAGAUACUUGAAUAUGAAUAUCUAAGUCAGAUUUUUCUAGCCUAUCCCAACGCCUCAACUCUCCCACGUUGGGUAUUAGAUUCAUGCCAAAUUAUAUUGCCUCUAGAGCAGACACAGAUCUAUUCUCUCAAUGUUUAGUUCUGAUUACAAAACUCAGCAUUACAUUAAUUGACCACAAUUUCCUGUCAACAUUGUUUAAUAAUUGAAACUAGCAGCUGGACAAUUUGAACACUGGUUGCAAUUUCUCAUCUCGUCUCUCAACCGUAAGAUAAGUGGUUAGUGGUUGAAAAUUCUUAAUGGGGAGAACGGGACAGGAAGCAUCUUGGCAAGUAUCACCCAACCAUGACGACACCACCACCAUUUUUGUGGCAAACGUGCAAAACAUUGAAGUUUCAAUAGCUUACUUUAAGGAACUUCUGUUAAAUGUUUUUUAUUCCAAUACCCAAUCUAUUUGAGCUAGCCCUUGCACAAAAUACAGAAGUUGUUAAAUAUUUUCCUUCCUUGAGUUCGCCAGGUAUUACCAAAUUGCAAAAGAUAGACACAAAAUGUUGGAAUAACUCAAUGGGUCAGGCAACAACUCUGGAGGAAUUCUCCCGAGAUGCUGCCUGACCACUGAGUAACUCCACCAUUUU